AUGUUGCUCCAGAGCAAGUCCCCUUGCUUACUCCCAAGGAAAUUUCGUCUCCUCAAGUUCGCCUGCCUGUACAAAACCCGGAACCUAGAGGAAGAGGGGAUUCAAGGAAAAACAAGAUUGCACAGAUCUUUGUUUUCCUCUGAGAAGUUCAAACUGAAGCAAAUUGUCAAACCUGCAAUAGUUGCUUCGAUCCUUGCCAUGAUACUUGGUUCAAUACCAUUCACAAAGAAGUUGAUAUUCACAAAUGGUGCACCUCUUUUCUUCUUCACAGACAGCUGCAUGAUUCUUGGGACCAGGAAGUUCAAAACUCGGUUUCAAGACAACAGCGGCAAUUAUAUUUGGACGGUUGGUGUUUGGUGCCACCAGUAA